AUUGGGAUUUAAAACGUAAUUUACACUUGUCAUUACGAAAAAGUGCAAAUAUCCUAGGCAAGUCACUCGCGCUCUAUAGACAGACUACCGCAUCAUUUAUUUGCCCUAAUCCUUCUCUUUCCUCCAUAGAACUGAAAAACCCCGAAACUCGUAGAGAAAACCUCUGCAGCUUUUCUCUACAACGAUACGAAGAAGCCUCUCCAAACUCUUCGUCGACCUCUCGUCCUCCGCCAGGUUUCAAAACUAUGGGCGAAAGCGAAACUGUUGUAGCUCAAACCUCGUCAGUCACUGAUUAUAUGUCUGCUGCUUAUUCGUCAAUAAAUCCUGAUGAUGCUGGUGCCCACGCUUCUUCUGAUGCUGGAAAUGCUGGGGAUCUGGCCACUUCAUGUCCAAAUGGCCCAGGGGAGUCAGCAGCUACUAAUGUAGAAGCUGGAAACACUUAUUCUACUGAUGAAGUGUCUACCCAGCAAGAAGCUGCAACUGCUAUGGCAUAUGACGUGAGCCAGGAUCUUGCAGCUCUAGCAAAUGCACCUGCAGGCUCAUCCCAAGUUGCUGAUUAUGAAUCUUCUGCAAAUGGUAAUACUGCUGAAGCAAGAGACAUUGCAGCAGCUGGAAUUGCUGAAAAUGGGAUUGCAGCAGACGUUCAUGGAAGUUCCAAUAUGCAUCAGCCAGAAGAUGGCUUAGCAGCUUUAUCUCCUGAAGAGGAAAGAUUAUGGAGCAUAGUUAGGACAAAUUCUUUAGACUUCAAUGCUUGGACUGCCCUUAUUGAGGAGACGGAGAAGAUGUCGGAGGGCAACAUUUUGAAAAUUCGGAAGGCUUAUGAUGCAUUCUUGGCAGAAUUUCCUCUGUGUUACGGUUAUUGGAAGAAAUUUGCAGAUCAUGAGGCACGUCUUGGCUCUGGUGACAAAGUUGUGGAGGUCUAUGAACGAGCUGUUCAAGGUGUGACAUAUUCGGUAGAUAUGUGGUUGCACUAUUGUGUUUUUGCUAUAAGCACUUAUGGAGAUCCUGACACCAUUAGAAGGUUAUUUGAAAGAGGAUUAGUGUAUGUUGGAACAGACUACCUGUCCUUUCCACUUUGGGAUAAGUACCUGGAGUAUGAGUACACACAGCAGGCUUGGUCGAAUGUUGCUGCUAUCUACACACAGAUAUUGCAGAAUCCAAAUCAGCAGCUUGAUCGCUAUUUUGAAGGUUUCAAGGAGUUGGUGGCUAGUAGGCCUCUAACAGAGUUACGAACUCCUGAAGAAGCUGCAGCUGCAGCUGCAGUAGAAGCUGGGGACGAACAGAUUGAGGGUGAGGAUAAUCCUGGUUCUGAGCCUUCUAAACCUGUUAGUGCAAGCUUAAAAGAUGCCGAGGAGUUGGAGAAGUAUAUCACCAUUAGAGAAGAGAUGUAUAAGAAAGCUAAAGAGUUUGAUUCUAAGAUCAUUGGUUUUGAAACAUCUAUAAGGAGGCCAUAUUUUCAUGUGAGGCCUCUGAAUGUCGCAGAGCUUGAAAAUUGGCACAAUUAUCUUGACUUUAUAGAAGGAGGAGAUGACUUCAAUAAGGUGGUCAAGCUGUAUGAGAGAUGUUUGAUUGCGUGUGCCAAUUAUCCUGAAUAUUGGAUUCGGUAUGUUUCUUGCAUGGAAAUAAGUGGAAGUUUGGAUCUUGCCGAUAAUGCCCUUGCUCGUGCCACUCAAGUCUUUGUUAAGAGGCAACCAGAGAUUCACCUUUUUGCUGCUCAAUUGCGGGAGCAACGUGGCGAUAUUACUGGUGCUCGAGCUGCAUAUCAACUUGUGCAUGCUGAAAUAUCACCUGGGCUUGUAGAAGCAAUAAUUAAGCAUGCAAACAUGGAACGUCGACUUGGGAAUCUUGAUGAUGCCUGUUCCAUAUACGAACAAGCUAUUGCCAUUGAAAAAGGGAAGGAACACUCACAGUGUCUGCCAUUAUUGUUUGCACAGUACUCUCGGUUUUGUUACUUGGUUUCUGGGAAGGCGGAAAAAGCUAGGGAAAUUCUUGAUCAAGCAGUUGAGAAUGUCCAGCUGUCAAAACCACUUCUGGAGGCACUAAUCCAUUUAGAAUCCAUUCAGUCACUCCCAAAGAGAGUAGAUUUGUUGGAUUCAUUGGUUGAUAAGUUCUUAGUUCCAUCUCCUGAGAACCCUAACGUUGCAAGUGUUGAUGAAAGAGAGGAAUUAUCAAGCAUUUUCUUGGAGUUUCUCGAUCUUUUUGGUGAUGCAGUCUCAAUUAAGAAGGCUGAUGAUCGGCAUGCGAAACUCUUCUUACGCCAUAGAACUUCUUCAGAUUCAAAGAAACGUCAUGCUGAAGAUUAUAUAGUUUCUGAGAAAACAAAGUUGGCAAAGUCUGCUGUUGCAGCAACCAACCCUUCAGCGGUUGGUGCAUAUCCUGGAGCACAGAAUCAAUGGCCUGCAGGUUAUGGUGCACAAGGUCAAACCUGGCCACAGGCUGCACAAGCCCAAUCGCAGCAGUGGAAUCCUGGUUAUGCACAACAGGCGGCAUAUGGUGCUUACGGCAGUUAUGGAACUGGCUAUGCACCUCCUCAAGCGCCUGCAGCAUCAGUGCCCUCCAGUGGUGGUUAUGGUGCUUAUCCUUCAACAUUCCCAGCCCAGGCCUUCCCUCAGCAGAAUUAUGCACAGCCAGCGGGCGCGGCUGCAGGCGCUGCCACUGCCGCUUUGACUCCAGCACCACAAGCUACAACUGUUCCUCCUACAGCAUAUUACGGCAGUUACUAUUGAAAUAACAGUUCUCUGCGUCAAUUUUUUGCUGGAUGUAGUUUGUAUGUUCCCCUCAACGGCCAGAAUAUGUUGCAAUACCAUGAGUUCUUCUACAUGGUUGUAAUUUGAUUUAAUGAGCAGUCGGAUAGGAAAUUAAGCAAUCUAGUGAUGUCUUACCUUAGGCUGUUUGCUUUUCGAUAAUUAAUGUACCAUACUUUUGGUUUUAACAUAUGCUAGUAUGCAGGGUUGCAAAGAUGUUAUGUUUUCCUUGUGCGAUUUCUAGUCUCUGUAGGAGUAAUUUUAUAUUGGAGGAUGCAUGAUUAUCUGCUACCAGGAAGUGUCAACUAAUGUUACUGUAUUCUUCAUUUCAGAGGA